AUGUAUUGUUGUGAACAACAUCGACUGCAAGAAACUAAAAGAGCAGAUGACAGCGGACUGACUGGAGGAAGCGGCGGCGAUCCUCUUCAAAACAAAAAAAAUGCUGCCAUUACUGAAAUUGAAAAUUCUUUAAACCAACCCCCACCAAUAACUAAUAAUCAAUUAGAAUCCACUAACCAAAGUUGGCGGAUUAAAAUCCAAAAUGCUAAUUUAGAUUCGGACAUUAUCACCAUUAAAGACCAAGUCCUAGCCGAUAUUGCUAGUAAACGCCAAGCAAAAGACCCUUUGGCUGAAUUACGGAAAACAGCAAUUGACAAAAUUUUAGAUGAAUUAACGAAAGAACCUCCUGUUGACGAAAACAACUACCAAAAUCUUGAAAAUAUUUAUCAACAGAUUAAAGAACUAAGGUCUUCCAAUGCUUACCAAGACUAUGUCGCCGAAAUUCAAACUGUCGAGGAUAGAUUAAAAGAGUUAAACCCUGAUGAAUUCCAAGGAAUGACUGAAAGUCGGUUGAAACAAAUGAAGCAGAAGCACCAACUAACCGAUAGCGAUCUAGACAAAGAUACCAACGAAGCGAUAGCCGAAGCAAUUCAAAACCCUACUUCUGAUAACAUUCGAAAAGCAGAAGAUGGAAUUGAAUUUUGCGGAGCACGCAAAGAAUUAACCGGACUUUUGGGUCAGAAUGAUUUUACCAAAAAAGCUUACAGAGAAAAAAAACAAACUGUCGAUGAACUACUACAAAAAUUAGAGGAAAGCGAUCCGCAAAAGCAACAACAAAAUCCGGAAUUUCCGUGA